CGAAGUUAAGAUCAUUUUCGGAAACUCCUAUAGAGUUCAUCUGCAUUUCCUAUUCCCCCGCCAAAACUCCUCUCAUGAAGUAAAUGUAGCUUUUUAAUUCCGAAAAUUAAAAAAGCUAGGGUUUCUCCAUUACUUGUUCCUCCCUGAUUUAAUCGGAGUUUUGUGGGUUCAAGUUUUUACAUUGGAGAUGAAGAAGAUAUUCGGAGGACCAGGAACAGUGUGUGGUCUGUUACUGAGAAUCGGACAAUGUGCUUCUGCUGCUGCUUCCAUCGGCGUUAUGCUCUCUUCUACGGAGUUCUAUAACCGCACUGCUUUCUGCUACUUGAUUGCUUCAAUGGGUCUUCAAUUGCUGUGGAGCUUUGGACUCGCAUGUCUUGAUGUUUAUGCGCUGAGGGGAAAGAAAGAUCUUCAAAACCCAGUGUUGGUUAGCUUAUUCGUCGUUGGUGAUUGGGUGACUGCAAUGUUAUCUCUUGCAGCUGCGUGUUCAUCAGCGGGUGUUGUAGUCUUAUUUGCUAAAGACCUGAAGUAUUGUGAUAUUCGUGACCAGUUUUCAUGUCUUAGGUAUCAAGUAGCUGUAGCGCUGGCUUUUGUCUCUUGGUUUCAAAUUGCUGUUUCUUCUCAUGUCACAUUUUGGAUCUUAGCCUCUGCUUAGGUUACGUCGACAACUUCUUAUAGCUUUUGACGACAUAUAACGUUUUGCUUCAAAUCAAAAUCUAUCAAUGUUUCUUGAAUUUA